UCCAGUAGUCUGAAGGCGUAAAGCUCACUCGACCGCAACGUUGAACACGCUGGGCUCUGGCGCAGACGACGGGAAGGGUCUCGGAGUCGUAGCGAGGACCCACAUGCCGUCUCCGAUGGGCUUCGCCGGCCGGGUGUCCGCGCUGCUCCUCCUCCUGUUCGCCGGUGCGGUCGCCUCCGACCAGAUCUUCACCGCCUCAGGUGUCCCAUUUGGGCGGAGUUCGCGUGAGCCGAGGUUCCGCGUCGAGUUCCAUCCAGUUGAUUCUCCCUACCAACCGGAAAAUGGCCAGGAAUCGGAGCCAAUGGCUAACCAUGAGGGGAAACAUUAUAUGUGCUUUCUACCAGUUGAGGAAACUAAAACCAUGAAGUCAAUCCUCCCACAAAAUGCAACUAAUGUUAUAAUAGAAAGUGACAGGAGAAUUAAGCCAAAGGAGCCAGAUGAGCUGCUUGAGCCUCUCAAGGAUCAGUGUCUCUACAGGCACGAAGGUUGGUGGUCGUAUGAGUUCUGUUAUCAUGGGAAAAUCCGACAGGUUCAUGUAGAAGGCGACAAGGUUAUUCAAGAAUAUGUUCUAGGUGAAUACGACAAUGAUGCAACUACUGCUUACCAUGAAAAUAACACCUCUGAAUUCGCUGACGAUGACCAUCGCGUGAAAGAUAUUUCUAAGAGAUAUCAUGUCCACUUGUACACAAAUGGGACUGUAUGUGACCUCACAGAGAUACCCCGGGAGACUGAGGUUAGAUUUGUCUGCUCGGAACCUACUGUCCUGAUCAGCUCAAUCAAGGAGAUCUCUUCCUGCAAAUAUGUUGUAACAAUUCAAAGCCCGAUGCUUUGCAAAAACCCGUUGUUCCAUCAAGAAAAACGCACCCUUUCCAUCCACUGCAACGAGUUGCCUGCUGAAGAAGAACCCAGGGUCACUGUGGAGGACGACUUGCUUCCAAAAGAAGCGCCGAUCUCAAUCAUUCCCGAUCAGGAUGAACUACAUGAUUUCACAGCUUAUGCUACUUGAUUUCCCUCCAAUAAUGUAUGUCAUGUAGAGAAACUGUUAUUUUGGAGGCGCAGUGGCAACUGAAUAUCACUGUCUUGACUGUCCCAUGAACCGUACAGUGGCACCGGGUGCUGCUUGUAAAGCAGGCUGGGAUCACCAGUCUCCAAAGCUAAUUAUAGGGGAUGAUUAAAAAGGAAGAGAGUUUCUCUGUAUUAGUAAAGAAAACGAUUUUGAGACACUUAACAUUUGUUUGAAAUGUCUAUAAAAUGGACCGUGACUGUAUUAGCGCAUAGAAAAA